CAGUGUUCAAGGGGAUUUAGUGAUGACUGAAUCUUUGAAAAGUUUUUGCUUGGCUUUAGAACCAGUGUUGAGAAGAGUGGUGCAAGAGGAGGUGGAACGUGGACUUGUUCAUUGUGCAAUCUUGUUUCCAAGACAAUUACAAGCAGUAGAGACUCCAAGCUUGAAACUCACAUUCAUGCAACAACCUUCACUUCCAAUUUUCACUUCCAACAAGAUUGAAGAUGAACAAGGAAACAAUCUCCAAAUUCAACUAAUUGGCACCAAAAAUGGACAACAAUAUCCACCUCAAAUUUCUUCUUCAAUAAAAAUUGAACUUGUAGUCAUUAAUGGAGAUUUUCCAGGAGAAAGAGAGGACUGGAAUGCAAAUGAGUUCAAUGAUAAUAUAAUUAGAGAAAGGGAAGGCAAAAGGCCAUUGCUCAUUGGUGAUGUUAAUCUGGUUCUAAAAGACCAUGCAACUGCUAUUUCUAUUCAAGAACUCAUUUUCACUGAUAACUCAAGUUGGACUCGAAGCCGGAAAUUUCGAAUCGGAGCAAGGGUCUUGCCGGAGAGUUAUUCCGGUCCGAGGAUUAAGGAAGCUAUAACCAGAGGUUUCACUGUUAGAGAUCAUCGCGGAGAAUUGUAUAAAAAGAGAUACCCUCCUCGACUAGGAGACGAAGUAUGGAGGCUGGAAAAGAUAGGAAAAUAUGGAGCCUACUGCAGGAAGCUCUCGGCAGCAAACAUCAACACUGUUCAAGACUUUUUGAAGCUAUCAGUCAUCGAUGAAAAUCGCCUCCGAAUGAUACUUGGAAUGGCAAUGUCUGACAAAAUGUGGGAAGCAACCAUCAAACAUGCAAGGACCUGCAGAUUAGGGGAGAAGCACUACUUUUAUAGAGGUUCUUGUUUCGACAUCAUCAUCAACCCUAUAUGCGAAAUUCAAGGGGUUUUCAUCAAUGGCUUAAUCUACAAAAUAGAAGAACUAAUUCCACAACAAAGAGCAAAUGCACAAAUCAUGGCUUAUGAGGCAUACCUGAACUGGGACAAGGUUGAAGAAGCCGAUAGUUUCUUUUCAGGAGCUGAUGCUGCUCCUAUUCCAAGUAGUAAGAAUAAUGCUCUUAUUCCAACUCAUCCAUAACCAUUACUUUCUUUUCCUGAGAACACCAAACCUAGUGUCUUUGUAUUACAGGUGAGGCAAUAACACAAGGAUUAGUAGCAACAACACCAUCGGCGUGGUAUCCAGGUAAUCCGGGGAUUGGCAGUGCAUCGGAGUUUCAGAUAGGGCUCGAAGAUGUUCAACUACUUGACACAAAUUUCAGCUUAGAUGCAAACAUUGGAUCACAAACACAUCCUGAUUGAGAACACAUAAAGUAUUGUAACUAGUGUAAAUAGAUGGCUUGAAUCCUGCUUAGGAUUUCAUCUAGUGCAAGAAAUUCUUUGUAGUCGUAUGCAAAUUGUAAUGCCAUGUAAAACAAUGGUAGUAAUUAUUCAUGGCUGCCAAUAUGGGAGUACAAAUAGCAUGAUGGUUAAUUUAAUUGAAAAAAAUGCACAUUCACUCGAGAAGAUAAACACUAAGUAUCACAGAUAAGAGUGAUUGUAUAAAGGUACAUUGAAAUAAAAGAUCA